CACUAGCGCCGGCCGCCCAACCCGUUCCGCCCUAGUCUACAAAUACACCUUGCAAUACGAAAAGUAUCGCCGUUUCACCGGGAUUUCGGUGCAGGAAUUAUAAAUAGUGCAGUUUUAUGUGAUUUCUUUCAUACCCGUGAAAUUAUAACGAGGAUGUGACUGUACGUAACAAAGUGAUUGGACAAAGUCCAAGUGUAUUGUGAACAUAACUUAUAGAAGGGCGCCUAGCUUUUAAUGACGGGGUUUCAUGGUGACGAACUAAUAAACUAAAAUGAAUAAUGGGACGAGGAGAGCCUUGACAGGCUCUAUACAUAAGAUAAGAGAGUUUGAACUGGAAAAAGUUAGCUUGGUAGAAGAAUUCGACAUUCUGCAGAUAGUCGGAGAAGGAUGGUUUGGGAAAAUUCUCUUAGUAGAGCACAGAGCAUCAGACACUGAAAUCGUUCUAAAAGCUCUACCAAAACCAUACGUUUCUAUAAGGGAUUUUUACAGAGAAUUCCACUACGGUUUACACUUAAGCGCACAUAAAAACAUUGUGACGACAUUUGAUGUUGCAUUCGAAACAGCUGGAUUCUAUGUAUUUUGUCAAGAAUAUGCUCCUUUAGGUGACUUAACAUCUAAUAUGUUUGAUACUGGAAUUGGAGAAAUACAUACGAAAAGAGUGGCGAAACAACUUUCUUCAGCCUUGGAGCACAUUCACCAAAGGGAGUUAGUACAUAGAGAUGUCAAAUUGGAUAACGUUCUUAUAUUCAAAUCAGAUUUUUCAAGAAUAAAACUAUGUGAUUUUGGAGAAACGAGAAAAGUUAAUUCUACUGUGCUUAGAAGAAAUGAGUGGCUACCAUAUUCACCACCAGAAGUUCUAAAGUUAUCAAUGGAUAGUAGCUAUAAAGCGCUAAUUACCCAUGAUAUUUGGCAGUUUGGUAUAGUUAUUUUCAUUUGCCUCACAGGCUGUUUGCCUUGGCAAAAAGCUGCUUUCGAUGACCCUAGAUAUACCAGUUACCACAACUGGUAUAAUAGCGCAAACCCUCUAAAGAAACAACCGAAAUUGUGGAAAAUGGUAUCGUCACGAGCACAAAAAAUGUUCAAGAAGUUUAUUGAGCCUAGAGAAGAAAGGAGAGCGACUAAUUUCUCGGACCUUGCCCGGUAUUUAGAUGAUCGGUGGAUGGCUAAAGGAUAUACUGACAGAGUUGCUGGUGGAGAUAUUGAUGAACUUUGUCCAUCAAUGUACAGUUUCCGUAGUGACCCGAAUGAGAAAAAUAUACUAUUGAAACAUUUCCGAGACAAUGGCAUUGAAACUACGGUUGAUCGACAAGCGAAGAAGCAAAGAAUACGUGAAUGGAUACAAAACAGUGUUAUCGAAGAAGGCGAUGAAGAGGAGGAAAGCAACUACGAGCCCAGCGUUUACGAUGACAGUGAUGCAGAGUUAGAAGAUAGAUCACGGCCCUACCCCAUCGAUGAAAAGCAUUCCCGGCCUUCCCUCCGCUAUGACACUGAGAAACAUAUCAACCCCCGCACCGGUGAAAUGAUUGAAGGUGUUGACAGAAAAUCCCCAGUUGACAAAAACCCACUUUCAUAUGACGUACAAAACAUUGAACCUGUCGCUCCAGCAAACAUUGUAAGAAGAUAUGGUAUGAAAGAAGAAGGCUCAUCUCAAAGCUCCACCAAAGACAGCGCGUAUGGUUCUAUGGAUGCAAAAGUUACGACGAACAAAACGACGGCUUCUUACAGGGCUGAAAAUAAACAAGUUACCACUAUACAAACAACCGACAAUUCCCCAAGUCGAUCACUAAGUAGCUCAUCUAUACAGCAAAAUAGAUCACCUAUGUCAGUUCAUGCCCAACGUAUACAGAAAACUGAAGAAGUGUUUUCUAAAGAAAUGGAAAGUUUCAAGGGUAGUUCAUCGACUCUUCAUUCUAUGGCUAAUUCUUCCAGGUCAAACAGUCUGCAAGUAACACGGAACGGUUCUCUCGAGUAUACCUCAACGAACACCGAGAUGCUGCAAGUGCCACAAAAUGAAAAUAUGAAUAAUAAAUCUAGACCUAACAAUCCGGUAGUAACACAGAAUGGUUUCAGUCCUGGUGCUAAAAAUACCCAAACGCAACACGCAUACGUGUCUAUGAAAAAUACCGCAUACGACAAUGUAGCUGCUCGUAGUGAAAGUAAUACUAAUAUUGUUGAUAAAAGUCCACAACAUAAUCAAGUAUUAGAUAGCCCAUACACUUCCAUGAUGAAUAUAGUUCAAGGGCAAAUUAAAAUAAGUCCUCAUGCAAAUGAAACUAACAGAAAUAUCGUAAAUGUUUCUGUAACACCUGUCAGCCGCAACAAAAAUAAAUGAAAUUGCUCAAAUUCAUAACGUUAAAGAUGUAUGGUUUAUUAUUUCCGCACUAAGUAUUUACGUAUGCGUAUGCCAAUACAUGUAUAGUCUCAACUUAGUAGUUAUACACAAAAUACCAAUAUACCUAUUUAUAACGGACGGUAACGAAUUAGAAAUUGUAAUUCGUCAAAACAUUUGCUGUUAUAAUUUUAAACAAAAUGUACAAAAUUAUUAAUAAUUAUUGUUUAGCUAGAAUAUUAUUAUAAUUUGUUAUUAUAUAUAGGUACGACGUUCCACUAUAUAAUUGUACUGAAUUGUACUUAUUUACAUUAGAAUUUAAAGAUAAUUAUUAAAGACAUUUUUUAAAUGUUUAACUAGUUAGCAUAAGUCUGUUUAUUUUUGUAAGGUUGAAAUAAAAUUUUGCAUAAUA